AUGUAUCAUGUGUUCGCAGUCAAGGCCCUAGACAAGGCGGAGACAAUAAAGACUGAUCUGGAGGAAAAACUUGAAAACCUGCAUGAAAUAAACGCGAACCUCACACAGAACAAGAUUGAGCUGAGCAAAACCAUUUUGCAGAUGGAUGCUGAUCAACAGUCACUAAAGAAAGAACGCUCCCGUAUCCUGGAAGACCUGACCAGAGUUGAGCAGGAGAAAAAGUGCAUCGAGGCUGAGAAAUCAGGCCUCCAGCACAAUCUAGACAGGAGUCAGGCGACUAUAAAGCGAUUGGAGGAAGAAGCGACGACAGAGAAGGCAAACAGUGAUGAUCAACUGAACGCCUUGUUGCAGAGGGCCAAUGCAUUCCGAGAGGUUGACGUCGGUGAUAGGUUUAGGUUGAAAUGUCUGAAGCGGAUUAAGUAUGGACGGAUGUGCUUGAGAAGAUUGGAGAGGAGACAGUGGCCAAUUGCUGAAAGGACUCGGGUCUGGAAGCACAGACUGUAUGGCUUGAGACAGGAUGUUAGGCUUCUUGGAGAUGGAGAGCCAAUGGCGUUUGCUCUCUUCAGCGGAAAGGACAGCAACAUUCCGGUCAGUAAUGAGAUACGGAGAUGGAUUACUGACAAGGAACUCUGGACUUUCAGGGAUGUUUUUCUCCUGGAGCACAAGUGCAUGACGACGGAAACUGUGAACAUGCUUUUCCAGUUCUUCGCGUUUGGAACAUCUGAAGAGGCACAGGCGACAAUGUUGAAGACUGAGAAUGACAAACUUCGUGCAGCAAAAUCGGAGCUCCAGCGCCAACACGAUAGCCUCACGGACGAAAAAGACGAAAUUUUGAAGGACAAGAAGCGCCAGAUCAAAGACACUGAACGAUGCCAGCAAAUAAUUUCCCGACAGAAGCAAAAUAUCUCCGCCCUCACGGAUGAGUUGGAGUCCACAAAGGAGUCCCUCAACACAUUAAUGGUAGAAAUGGAGGUGUUAGAACAACGAAAGGAAAACGAGGAGGCGCUGGAUAAUGCGCAGAUGAUGACAAAUGAGUUAGAGGAAAAGCUCAAAAAGAUGCACGAACACAAUAAAGAGCUCGCGAAGAAAAAAAAUGACCUUACGAAAAUCAUCGAGAAGAUUGAGGCUGAGAGGGAUGCCGUGUGCGAGGCGAAUCAUAUAUUGGAGAAAAAAAGCUCUCGUAUCCUGGAAGAUCUCACCAGAGUAGAGCAGCAGAAGAUCGAUCUCGAGGCAGAGAAAUCAGUUUCAUCAAACUAA